AUGCAAGUGGUGUUGACUCUGAGCAAUCCGGCUCACCGUACCACCCUUAUACGCCUACGUCAGUUAAGUGCUGAUGAGGAACUAUCCCAUUUGGCGCAUCUCUCCGUCUCAACCACUAAGUCUUCUGUAACAUCUGCCAGCUCCGUUGAAGCUAUUGAUACGAAUCAGACGUCAGAUUCCUCAGCUUCAGUAGGGCUAAAGGCUAGUCAGUCAGCCAACCCUAUUUUUUCAACAGUCCAGCUUGGUCUGCCCUCCUCAGACUUAUUUAUCGCUGCUCAUAGUGACGUUCUUGACUAUGAGGAUGCCAUCGGAACAGAAGCUGGUUCAGAAUUCGUCGAUGAUCCAAAGUUUGCUUGCCCAUAG